AUGGCAGUGUCAGAAGCAUCAAGCACAGACUCUUCGCAGAAGGUCAACGAUGCCGCCGAAAGAAGGAGGGAGCAGAACAAGAUGGCCCAGAGGAGAUUCCGUCAACGGGCAAAAGAAGCGAGAGACGAAAUGGAGCGUGAUAAACAGAAUCAGGAGCGCGCCGGCGCCUCCUACAGCGCGCCUGAGUCCUCGGAACUCGACCAACCCAGUAACCUCGAAGGCCUGCCGUGGGGUGGUAUCUCCAUGCAACACGUCAUCCAGACGGGCGUGGAACGGGAAAAGUUGUCGCAAGCCGGAUCGCAAGACACGGCCGCGCCGAUGGCCGGGACGCCGCAGGCGGGCAGCAGCUCUCAGUAA